GUUCUCACCUGCCAUGGUCUCAGCCGCUCUCCUUGCCACCAUCUCCGGCGUGCUUGGCUAUGCCCUGGCCCAGCAAGCCGCCCCGCCGCCCGCUGCUCUCGCUUAUACCCCGUUGAGCUCCCCGUGUCCCGCCAACUUGACUCUGGUCAGGUCCGCAGGAGGCAAGAACUCAACUCUUAGCCCUCAAGAGUCAGCCUAUGUUGCCGAGCGCCGGCGCAAAGUCCUUCCAGGCGCUUUCAAGACCUACCUCUCUGUCGUCGAGCGCAGCGCCGAUCAGCAGAACAUCCCGCUUCCCCAAUACUUGACGACCAUCCUCGGCGGACAGGAACACCUCCCGACCAUGUCUAUAUCAAUGAGCGGUGGAGGCAUGCGCGCGGCAAUAUUCCACGCGGCCAUGCUGAACGCGUUCGAUGCGCGCAACGCCACAUCGGCUGGCGCCGGAUUAGCAGGACUGCUGCAAGCCUCCACUUACCUCAACGCCCUGUCCGGCGGCUCCUGGACCAUGCUAUCUAUGCUGCAGGCCAACUUCCCGACAAUCCAAGAUCUGGUCUUCGGCACAGAUUCCGGCCCUGGGGGAGAGCCCACUGGCGGCUGGAACAGCAACUUCGGCAUCGCGACCAUCUCCUCGAAUACGACCGUGGAGGACGAUUUUGUCGAAGUCCUGCUCACGGAGAUAGCUGGAAAGUACGAGGCAGGUUUUCCGGUCACGGUUGCGGACGUAUGGUCGCGUGCAUUAGCGAGGCACUUUACCAAUGGCACGACUCCGAGCAAUUUCUUUGCGACGAAUGUGACACAUGGAGCUGGCCUGAGGAUGUCGAGUAUCAUUGAUUUGCCCGAGUUUACGAAUUACACCUUGCCCUUCCCGACCGUUACCGCCGACACCAUAUCGACGCUCCAGAACAAUUCAGAUUUAGCUCCUUUGGCCGUAUCGCCACUUUCCAAUCCCAUCUAUGAGAUCAACCUCUUUGAAUUCGGGUCAUUCGAUGAUGUGCUGCACUCGUUCAUUCCCAUAUCCUUGCUAGGCUCGCAGAAUGGAACGUGUGUCACAAAUUUUGACCAGAUCUCGUUCGUCCAAGCUGUAUCCUCCGACUUAUUUAGUACCGAUAAUACCUCUGCGGCGUCAUUGGACGAUUCUCUCCUCGGGCCAGUGGUCGCCGCCCUAAAUGAGAACUUCGAGCAGCCCGGUAUUCGGCUGGACUCUGCUGCCAUUCCCAAUCCAUUUAUGGGCAUCGAACCGGAAAAGUUUAUUGACCACAACGAGACGAUACUCGUCCUCGCUGACGGAGGCUCCGACGGCGAAAAUGUACCAUUUCAGCCGGCACUGGUGAAGGAGCGAUCGGUGGACGUCAUCAUCGCUAUCGAUGUCUCCUCUGACACAGUGGAUAGCUUUGCAGACGGCUCCUCACUUGUUCUGACACAAGAGCGCGUCGCGCAGUUCUCGCACCAGUACUCCUUCCCUCCCGUCCCGUCCAGCACAGAAGUGUUCGUCGCGCAGAACCUCACAACGCGCCCCACAUUCUUCGGCUGCAACACCUCUCUCGACGUGCCGCUCGUGGUAUACUUCGCGAACGGCGGACCCCCACUCGGCCAGACACCUGUGACGAACAUCUCGACCUUGGUGGAAGCUGUCCCACAGCAGCAGGUCCAAAGUAUCAUGGACCAGGUAUUCGACAUCGCGACACAGGGCAUACCGAUAAAUGGAGUCGAGAAGGACCCCAAGUUCCCGCUGUGUCUUGCAUGUGCAGUUGCGGACAGGACGCGGGCCAGGCUGGGCAAGAAGAGAGAAGGGGUGUGCGAGACCUGCAUGACGGAAUACUGUUACAACUAAGGGACUUUACAUAUUUAUUGUAAGAGCCUGCCAGUAGUGCGAGGACUUUGUCGUCGGAUCUCUCAUGCGUCGGAUCUCUCAUGGACAGAUUUUGAACACGAUUUUCACCCAGUAUACUAGUUGAUGUAGCGAGAUGUAAGGCAGACGACGGGCGUUCAGCAAUGGUAGCAGAGUGAGCGUGAGU